AUGAACGAGACGUAUGUUUCGGUAAUCACGCAGGAAUUGAUCACGUGUGGUACACUCCUUGGACCUCUGACUUUGACAUCCGGUGCUCCUGAUUCUCUUGCAGUUCUUACUUGGAGAUGCGUUGAUAAAAUUCCUCAUUCUAAACAAAUAUUAAAGGUUUCUUUGAAAGAGCAAACUAACGGCAAGAAUUCAUCAAAAGUUCCUUCUUGGUUGUCUCAUAUUCUGCCAGCAAGGAAUCCAGAAGAGCAGACGUUGGAAGUGGUCGUGAAAAGUGGGCAGCUGUACUUCAGAGCUCUUAAAGACGUAGUUUCAGGAGAGGAAUUAAAAGCCUGGUUUGGGCAGGACUUAGCAGAAAUUUUAAAGCUACCAAUGAUCCCCCCGAAUGUGUUUGAAGGUGAGAAAAGGUACGAAUGCAUGCUGUGCCAAGAACAAUUUGAAAAUCCAUUUCCAGUUGUAGCCCAUUUAAUGUAUCGCUGCCGUAGGAAGGAUCAAGGCAUCGGCAUGGUUCCAAACCCUUUCCGAAGGAAAAAUGGUGGACGAGUCAAGAACUUCGACAUAGCUACUCUUACUGAUAUGAAUGUUGAUCGUGGCAACGACGACAACUGUCCUGAGACGCCGCCUAGUUCAUCUAAUGAAGUAUCAAGGCAAUCGGACUUCAUUCCUGAAAGUCAAAUUGAUGUGGUUGGGAAAAGAAAGAAAAAGUCAGAACAUAGUGACGAUGAUUCUUCUCCAACAAAGAAACCAAAAUUUGCUACGGAGUUAAAAUGUAAUGAAGGUACAAAAUCGCUUGAUGCGAAAAUUUUGAGCUCCAACAAGUCUCAAAACCACAAUUUCAAGUUGUCGUCAAAUACCGGUUCUGUAUAUUCAUCGCUUUUGUGUUCCAGCACUGAUGCAAACGUAACAGAACAGAACAGUACCAGUGCGUUUAAAAAAGUAGAUAAAUCGAGUAUUUCAUUCCAUUCAAACAUUGGCUCUGUUUCAACGCUAUUUCCAAGAACACUAGAUCCUAGGGACUUGCUCUUCCAAACUAAUCACAAUAAUUUUUCUUCAUUUCAUUACAUGCCACCAGCAACUAGAAGCCCUCCUUGUGUUGGCGUCACAUUUUCUCAAAGUGAAACAGCAGGAUUGCAGCACUCUGCUAUGGGUGUCCCGUCAUUGGACGUUCACAUGACCAGUGCUUUUGCUCCUAGUGUAAAACUUGCUACUUCAAUAACAAGUACAACCAGUAAUAUCCACCAUCAACUGAAAAUGGUUGAGGAAUGUAAAUUGAUGAGGAAGAUGCCAAAUUUGCCAGACAGUAGUUAUGAGUUAAAUUCCUUGAUGUCACCGAACGGAGCUAGGAUGUCAACUCUCUCCGCUGCUGGAUUACAUUACGCUCCAAAACCUCAAGCACUAGAAAACUUUAAUGGAAAUAAAGGGUUUCCUACUCCCUUAUUACCGUUUUUACCUCCUUCAUUGGCUGCCCUGUCUUUUCCAACACAAAACUGGUGCGCAAAAUGCAACGCUUCUUUCAGGAUGACCAGUGAUUUGGUCUACCACAUGAGGUCUCACCACAAAAAGGAAACAGACCCGCAGAAAUUAAAACGAGAAGAAAAACUGAGGUGCAAUAUCUGCAACGAGACUUUCAGGGAAAGACAUCACUUGACGAGGCAUAUGACGUCACACCAGUGAAGAAUGUGCAAUAUAGGUAGUGAGAAACUGAUGCUGCAGGUCUGCAUCAAACGACUCAUUGCCUGUUUAAACUUAGGGCUUGAUAUGCAAUAUUUAAAAUCAAUAUAAAAGGA